AUGAUGGCAGACGACGACAGCGCGGCUGCGCAGCCAAAACCUGAGGAGCCCAAAGCCGAGGCUGUUCCCGAGGCCAGUCAACCGCAGCAGAGGGAUGUUAGCGAUGCCGGUCAACAGCAGCAGGAGAACGUUCCUGAGGGCAGUCAACAGCAACAGGAGAACGUUCCCGAGGCCAGUCAACAGCAACAGACGGAGGUAAACGAUGCCAACCCAGCACCCUCGCCAACGCCGCUCCCGCCAACCCACCAGGAGACGCAAAAAGGUGGGCAGCCAUUGGGCGGUGCUGUACGGUUCGACACCCUCCCAGGCCCGCAUCCAACGGUCCAUCUGCAGCCGGUGUUUGGAACAUACGACGCCCGGCGCGAGGAGGAUGAAGUCCCUUAUGAGAUCCCGCACAACCCCAAGUGGCACAAGGUCAAGAUUGGGCUGAUGCUCUUUGCUGUUGCGGUUUCGGCCGUGGUUAUCGGGUUGAGUGUUGCUACGGGGUAUAUCUCUGCGGGAGACUCCGGGUACUGGUAUAUUCAUCAAUCAGCGUACAUUUCCGGUGUUUCUGCCUCGGCGGCGAUCCUCUCCCUCGUCUUCAUCGUCAUCGAGAUGUUGACCAUGUGGUUCUCCAAAGACCACCGUGGCCUGCACCCAGGAUGGCUAAUCACCUUCAACCUCAUCAUCGGUGCCCUUGCCGUGGCCGGGUUCGGCAUCAUGGUUCACUAUGUCACCAACGUAGGGGGAUACGACGGUUGGUCCCGGUAUUUCGACAACGAGGACACAGCCGACAAAGAACUCGCACUCUUCCAGGCCCUUUUAGCCUUUGACUUUGUGUUAUUCUUCACUCACCUCAUCUUGUUCGUCGGUGCCUGCGGCGAGGCUCACCAGCGGAACCGAGCCAGACGGGAGGUCCAGAUAGUGGAGAUCCCGUAUGAUCCUUCCCACCCUCUGCCCGCCGGGUUCCAAUAUGUACCACAUCCAACUUUGCAGCACCCACCACCACCACCUCCCAACCAACAAAUUCCAGGAAGCUGGGCACCCCAACAACCACGACGACAACCGCAGCGUGUGUCUGUUCACGGGGUUAUCCCCUACAUCACACCCGAACAAGCGGCUCAAUACGGGGGUUACUACUCCCCUAUGCCGACGCCGGCACCUCCUCAGCAACCUCAACGAGUGAGAACAAGCCAGAGGGGGUAUUACGCCCCGGCGCAGCAGCAGCAGCGAUCUUCGAUGCGUGGUGCCAGGGCUGCGGCGGGACAGGGAAAUGUUGCUGCGGCUGAGAAGACAACGAAACGGGCUUCUGCUGCUGCGGCGAGGAAAAAAGAGGCGCCGUUGCCGGAGAUACCGCUGCCGGAGGUUCCAACGGAGGAGGAGAAGGAGGAGGGGAAAGGGAAAAGGAAGGAGAGGAGGGAGGUUGUGCUGUCAGAGAAGGUUGGGGGUGAUGAGAAAGGGGAGCCGACGAAGGCCGUUACAGAGGGUGAGAAGGCCGAGCCGCCGGUAAAACAAGAGGAGGUCGUGGCUGAGAAGAGUGAGCCAGCGGCGCAGGUAGAGGUCGUGACCGAGAAGGGCGUGGCUGAGAAGUGA